CUAGAUGUCAUUGAUAUAUAGGAAUCUGAUACUAAAAGUAAACGACCCCCCAAUUGUCCCUAGAUACAAUAACCCGACUUUCUUGACACGUCUAAACUCACCAGCCGUCAAAAUCCCACCAAGAAAUAUACACAAACAAACCCGACCAUCCACCCGUCGCGUGCAGCAACAAGAUUGUCAAGCAAGGAGUGCACGCUACAACCUCCCUGUACUCUCAGAAAUGACAGAACCACGCGGCACAUGAGCAUAAUCUAGCGCUAUGGAUGCUGACUCCGAGGUCCAAAUUGAUCUUAUGAUACUCGACUAUUUAUGCUGCAAAGCGAUUUUCGAGAUCCUCACCAAGCGGACCGCGGAGCUUUCCGCAAAACAGACACCUGUGGACACAGACCUAUUGACGAUAUUUGACACCUGGAGAACCCUAUCAUCCACCAAACAUGCUGGCACAGAGAUACCCCGUGACCUGCAGGCAAAAAUGCACUUGAUAACCUUCACAACAUUAUUUGUCAAUAGGUUGCGCGGUUCCAAUUGGAACGGCUCGCCAGAUAUUCUCCGAUGGCGCGAGCAGAACUCGCAAGAAGCAAGUGGGCACUUCAGCACCAUCGACGAGAAGCUCAAAAUACCGGACUAUGAUCGUCUUGUAGACGUUCAUCAGAUCACUACUCUACUUGGGAUAUUGCCAGAUUUGUUGAGCCUCUAUGCAGUCCUAUCGAGGGUGCCACCGCCAAUGAAUCAUUGGAAAAUAGUCGCCAGAUUCAUACUCCAAGCUGUGCUCGAGCAAUACUCUUUGUUUGGAAGGGCGUCGCCGGAUAUGAUAGAGAAGGUUUUUAAAUGGGCUGAUGCGACCCUCAACUGGGGAGGUCUCGAUGAGUGGGCGAUUCUGAGAACAGAAAUGCUCAACCUAUUACAACCGGAUGAAGAGCAGUCUCUGAAAGGCCAUCUUGAGUAUCUUACGAAACAGUUCUCGGUGUUUGAGUUUGAAGCAAUGGUUAUAAUGCAUAUACGGACAAUCCUCGGGGACCUGAAAACACCGGUAUUGGUGAAGAUGGAGAUGGGGGAGUUGGGUUGA